UCAGAGCGUUUCUUGUUCCAAAUUAGGGUUUGAUAUCACAAAUUUUGCGAGAGGAAAAGCAUUUCAUCAUCAGCGAAAAAAAGGGAAUUUUAGUCUUCAGGGGAACGAUCGGACGAUGUCGUACCUACUACCGCACCUGCACUCAGGAUGGGCCGUAGAUCAGGCCAUCUUGGCAGAGGAAGAGCGUCUCGUCGUCAUCCGAUUCGGCCACGACUGGGACGAAACUUGCAUGCAGAUGGAUGAGGUGCUUGCUUCUGUCGCUGAAACAAUAAAGAACUUUGCUGUGAUUUAUCUUGUAGACAUAACAGAAGUACCUGAUUUUAACACAAUGUAUGAGCUUUACGAUCCAUCGACAGUGAUGUUCUUUUUCAGAAACAAGCACAUUAUGAUUGAUCUUGGCACUGGUAAUAACAACAAGAUUAACUGGGCUCUCAAGGACAAACAGGAGUUCAUAGACAUCAUUGAGACUGUAUACCGUGGGGCAAGGAAAGGUCGUGGUCUGGUAAUUGCUCCGAAAGAUUACUCGACAAAAUACCGCUACUGAUUAUUCUUGCAACCUGUUGUUGAUCAGAAAGAUUUAAUGGUCAUAUUUCGCGAAUUCAAUACAGACUAUUUUCAUUAUGAAUUGUGUAUGUCGUUUGCAAUGCUUGCAUGUACGUGGAGGAUAAUCCAAUUUGAGAUGAAACUUUGAAAUAUAUAUUUUAUGUGUUUUUCUUA